CCAUUGGUGUGUGCCUUUCAGUCAAAGCGUACCGCUCUGCACUACGCCGCGCAGACCAACGUUGAAUCGGUGAUCACCCUCCUCACCUACAACAAAGGCCUUCUCAAAUGCGUCGAUUCCGUCAGUUUGGAUUCACCCAAUCCCUCGCCUUCCAUGCCCGCAGGCAUGCGCAUUAUUCCUGAGGUCAAGGCUGACUCGGCCAUAACCAUCCACCCUCCUCUCAUGCUGGCUUUUCUUCCAUUCAUCCAUGAGCCUUCUGCGUCAGAUGAUCUCACACCGCUGCAGUUCAUUCAGCAUGAACACAGACAGUCCAUGUAUCACUUUCUGGAGUUCCACACCGAACUCUACAGUGCAGGUGAAGAAGGUGGACUAACUUCGAACGGAGGAAACAAGAAAGCCAUUCAUUUGAGGCGCUUGAUUGAGGCACCGUUGAUUCUGGACUCCUAUGUCUGCACCUUCCUACCAUUGCGACGGGAGAGUAUUUGCGAGAAAUGCAAUACCAGAGGGUACAAUCACGAGAAGUUAGCAGAAAACGCGGACUUCAUGAAAGUGAUUGCCUCUCGUGAGUUGGGUUGCGUCAGGAGGCCGACCAAUGCUUUCGGACAAUUUGAAAAGACCUUCUCCCCCAUUGUCAGCCAAGUGAGUCACUCAAGCACUUUCCGAGGCGCAUGCUUUCUCUCUUCCGAUGUUUUUGGGAAGUAA